AUGGCUAAAUGCACCAGGAAGGUUGGAAUCAUCAGUAAAUAUGGGACCCGUUAUGGUACCUCCCUCAGGAAAAUGGUGAAGAAAAUUGAAAUCAACCAGCACCCCAAGUACACUUGCUCCCUCUGUGGCAAAACCAAGAUGAAAAGACAAGCUGUGGGGAUCUGGCACUGUGGUUCCUGCAUGAAAACAGUAGCUGGUGGUGCCUGCACCUACACCACUUCUGGCAUCACGGUUAAAGUCAUCAGAAGACUGAAGGAAUUGAAAGACCAGUAG